AUGGGGAAACAUCGUGUUUGGUUUGUCAGCCCCACGUCCAAGCGCCAACGGAAGGCCUCCGCACCAGGAACAAUGGGCGGUGGGACGGUGGCAACACACAAGACGGCCUCAUCGCGAUCGACCGCCAGAUGUCAACGCCAGGGACAGCGGAGCUGCCGGGAGCACGGAUGUACAAUACGGCCAUCGUACGGCAAAGCUCACAGCAAGAAGGCGGAGUUCUGCUACCAGCACAGGGAGCGAGGAAUGAUCGACGUGCGUAGCAAGAAGUGCGCCCACCCGGGGUGCACAACGAGGCCGAAUUAUGGCAAAGACGGUGACAAGAAGCCCGAGUUCUGCGCUCGGCACGCGAAACCGGGCAUGGUCCAUGUUCGUGGUACGAAGUGCGGCCAUCCAGGGUGCACAACGCGGCCGUCCUAUGGCGAAGACGGCAGCAUGAAGGCGAAGUUCUGCUGCCAGCACGCGCAGAACGGCAUGGUUGAUGUUGUGAGCAAGAGGUGCGGUCAUCCAGGGUGCACAAAGGAGCCGUCAUAUGGCACGGUCGACAGCAAGAAACCGGAGUACUGCUGUCAGCACGCCCAGCAGGACAUGGUCGAUGUUCGUAGUAAGAGGUGCGAUCAUGCAGGUUGCGCGAAGAAACCGUCAUAUGGUACAGUCGGCAGCAAGAAGCCGGAGUUCUGCGCCCAGCACGCCAAGCCAAGGAUGAUCCAUGUGGUAGGUAAGAAAUGCGGCCAUGCCGGGUGCGUCAAACAACCGUCAUACGGUAGAGCCGGCAGCAAGAAGCCGGAGUUCUGUGCCCAGCACGCCAAGCCAGGGAUGAUCCAUGUGUUUGGCAAGAAAUGCGGCCAUGUCGGGUGCGUCAAGCAACCGUCAUACGGUAGAGCCGGCAGCAAGAAGCCGGAGUUCUGUGCCCAGCACGCCAAGCCAAGGAUGAUCCAUGUGCUAGGUAAGAAAUGCGGCCAUGUCGGGUGCGUCAAGCAACCGUCAUACGGUAGAGCCGGCAGCAAGAAGCCGGAGUUCUGUGCCCAGCACGCCAAGCCAGGGAUGAUCCAUGUGUUUGGCAAGAAAUGCGGCCAUGUCGGGUGCGUCAAGCAACCGUCAUAUGGUAGAGUCGGCAGCAAGAAGCCGGAGUUCUGUGCCCAGCACGCCAAGCCAAGGAUGAUCCAUGUGCUAGGUAAGAAAUGCGGCCAUGUCGGGUGCGUCAAGCAACCGUCAUACGGUAGAGCCGGCAGCAAGAAGCCGGAGUUCUGUGCCCAGCACGCCAAGCCAGGGAUGAUCCAUGUGUUUGGCAAGAAAUGCGGCCAUGUCGGGUGCGUCAAGCAACCGUCAUACGGUAGAGCCGGCAGCAAGAAGCCGGAGUUCUGUGCCCAGCACGCCAAGCCAGGGAUGAUCCAUGUGUUUGGCAAGAAAUGCGGCCAUGUCGGGUGCGUCAAGCACCCGUCAUACGGUAGAGCCGGCAGCAAGAAGCCGGAGUUCUGCUCUGAGCACAGGCAACAGGGCAUGGUCAAUGUCGUGAGCAAUAGGUGCUGCCAUCCAGAUUGCACGAAGCAUCCGUCGUAUGGAAAUGACGGCAGCAAGAAGCUGGAGUUCUGCUCUGAGCACAGGCAGCAGAGUAUGGUCUACCUUCAUCCUAAAAAGUGCAGCCAUCCAGGGUGCACAACGCGGGCGCGCUUUGGCAAGGACGGCAGCAAGAAGGCGGAGUUCUGCUCCCAGCACGCGCAGCAGGAUAUGGUCAACCUUUACAGUAAGAAGUGCGGCCAUCCAGGGUGCACAACGCGGCCGUCCUAUGGCGAAGACGGCGGCAAGAAGGCGAACUUCUGUGCCCACCACGCGCAGAACGGCAUGGUUGAUGUUGUGAGCAAGAAGUGCGGUCAUCCAGGGUGCACAACGCGGCCGUCCUAUGGCACGGUCGACAGCAAGAAACCGGAGUACUGCUCUCAGCACGCCCAGCAGGACAUGGUCGAUGUUCGUAGUAAGAGGUGCGAUCAUGCAGGUUGCGCGACGAAACCGUCAUAUGGUAAAGUCGGCAGCAAGAAGCCGGAGUUCUGUGCCCAGCACGCCAAGCCAAGGAUGAUCCAUGUGCUAGGUAAGAAAUGCGGCCAUGUCGGGUGCGUCAAGCAACCGUCAUACGGUAGAGCCGGCAGCAAGAAGCCGGAGUUCUGUGCCCAGCACGCCAAGCCAGGGAUGAUCCAUGUGUUUGGCAAGAAAUGCGGCCAUGUCGGGUGCGUCAAGCAACCGUCAUACGGUAGAGCCGGCAGCAAGAAGCCGGAGUUCUGUGCCCAGCACGCCAAGCCAGGGAUGAUCCAUGUGUUUGGCAAGAAAUGCGGCCAUGUCGGGUGCGUCAAGCAACCGUCAUACGGUAGAGCCGGCAGCAAGAAGCCGGAGUUCUGUGCCCAGCACGCCAAGCCAGGGAUGAUCCAUGUGUUUGGCAAGAAGUGCGGCCAUGUCGGGUGCGUCAAGCAACCGUCAUACGGGACGAUCCAUGUGUUUGGCAAGAAAUGCGGCCAUGUCGAGUGCGUCAAGCACCCGUCAUACAGUAGAGCCGGCAGCAAGAAGCCGGAGUUCUGCUCUGAGCACAGGCAGCAGGGCAUGGUCGAUGUGUUGGGCAACAGGUGCGGCCAUGCCGGGUGCGUCAAGCACCCGUCAUACGGUAGAGCCGGCAGCAAAAAGCCGUAG